AUGCACGGAACACGUCGAUUGCGACGGGGAAGCCGCCAUCGUCAACCUUCGCCUAAGAGACAGAGGACUGAAACGCCUGAUGCCUCUACAUCCGCCAGUAUAGCACAGCCGGCAGCUGAACUGUCUGAGGCGAAGCCUGCCCAGCCCAACGCCCCGGUCGACAGUCCUGGUGAAAGCAAAAAGCAGCCUACCCCUGAGACCAACCAACGUGGUGGUGAUGAGAAGACCCCAAACGAAAGACACCAUGUGAACCAUGAACAGCACCGUAGCAUUGGUGGAAGAACUGCCGUCUUUCAAAACCAACACCAGUCGGCCAAUAUCAAAUGCCCUGGGUACCCGCUCUUCUGGUUUCUCCCUGAACGAUUUGCAGCCUAUGCCUAUCGAUCUACCGAUAUUCUGUCCUUCACGGAGUCCCCGCCUGAAAUACCUACCUACAAGGAACCUAGGUUGGGUACUGUCCCUGUUGGCAUGGUCUUAAACAUUCCAGAUCAUGUGGAUGAGAGUGCUGGUAUCAGAGCUCGUGUGGCGUUUGAUGUUGCAGUCUUGCAUGUUUCUCUCGAGCCCCCUUUUUGGACCAUCGCUAGCAGGACCGGCAGACUUCUGAAUAGCACAGACUACUGCCUUAACCCCAGCUUUGCCACCGAGAAACUCAGACUGAUCAAGGUCAGAGAGAUGAUACAGACUCACAUAAUCGAGUUGACCACCUAUCGCCACCGAUUCCUCCUGGUGUUACGCUCUUGGCGCAAGGAACGAAGGCUUUGGGAGGUUCGACUAGCGAUCUCUCAGGUCAGACGGGGCAACAACGCGAUAUUUCAGCAUCCCCUGACACACGAAGACCUCGACCGUCUUUGCCUUUGGUAUCGUGAGCAACAAGCAGCCGAUGACCGUGGAGAGAUUGACCCGUCCUCGUUCGGUCGGGUUACUGGCAUGGUGAAUCCAUGUGCCAAGGAGCUCCAACCCAACUCGCAGGGCGGUUUCGUGAACGACUCUAUUGUCACUCGCUUCGAGAAGCUCAAGGAGGCUACAAGGGGCGUUCUUGCUAGGAUCAGUACAUUGCAAGCCCAGGAACACGAGGAGAGACGGCGCCAGCGGGAGCAACACGCCAAGCGGGAGCAAGGAGCACCUGAUCGUGGACACAAUGGGAUAUGUCUUCCAGGAGAUGCUUUGCUAGUGGAUUUCGAAUUCGACACUGAGGAUCCCUUCCCUUCAGCUUCUGUCAUCGACCCCCUGCCCACUGACCUCGAGCAUCGCGCGGCACACUAUCACUGGCACGUCGAAAGGCAUGGUGUCUGGGCCCCGAAAGGCUUGUUCAAGCGUGCAACCUAUCUUAACACCUUUCAACUUGCAGGUCCGGAUGAUCUUUCUUUCUUCGAUAAACCACGUGCAGAGUGGCCCCGAGGACACCAAGGUCUGCUCUUUGAACAUGUGGACUAUGUCGACGACUUUCAGGUGCAUCCCUGGGGUAUUCCAGCAACACGCUUCGCUCAAGCUCUACGGCAACAGCCUCGGUAUACCGCUGCUGCCAUAUAUUCCAAAAAGGCACGUAUGGUUCUUAAGAGUAUUGAGCAUUGGUAUUUUACGAAUAAAGAGGUCGCCUUUGGUGGUAUUCAAGAUUGGCCUCUUCCGUGUGGUGUUCGCGACGGUCUUUUGGAGGUCAUCCAGGAACUGCAGUGA